AUGUCGACCUUCUCCGACAUCGGCUCCAGGACGAUCUCCGUCUCGACCUUGAUCAACAUCGCUCUAACAGGCGCCGUGGCAGCUGGAGUCUACGUGCUCGCUCAGAACAAGGGGAAUCACAAGGCGACUAAUGCGGCUGGUGGUGGAACGAGUUCGGGGAAGAAAAAUAAGGGGAACAAGAAGAAGGUCAACGCUGCGGGAGGUACGGCGGUCGCGGAUACGAAAGUAGCUUCGGCUUCGGCGAGCACCCCCACGUCGUCCAACACCUCCAGCAGUGGCAAGAAGGCUUCGACGGAUGGAGCAACUGGAGGAACGUCCAAGAAGAAGAACAAGAAGCAAACUACGCCAGCAGCAAACGCAGCUUCGACGGAGCCGUCUUACGCCGAGGUCAUCGCCCCCGAAUCACCGUCGACCACGUCAUCGAGUGGUGCCAAGUCGGCUCAGCCUCCCCACAAGGCACCGACCUCGUUCGCUGAUGCUGCUGCAGUUGGUGCGGAGGACCAGAGCUCUGCGAACGCUUCGAACAAGACACCUGCAGCAGCUGCGACGGAUGAUUCUUUCGCGGCCGUAGCAGCAGCAGCAGCAGCACCCUCAGCAUCGGGAACCAAAAAGAACAAAAAGAACAAGCAGCCCGUCUCGGGUAUCUCAGCAGCGGAGAAACACCACGACGCCAAGCCUUCUCCCGAAGUCGCCGAUCCGGCAUUGAAGGACAUGAGGGACGAGCAACAUGAUCCUACCGUCAAGGUCGCGAGGGUGCUCAAAGUUGUCGGAGGCUCAAUUGGUGCGAGGCCAAUUGAGGACGAGAGGUGGGAGGAGGAGUGGGACGGGCAGGGGCAGGAGGGUGACGGGUGGGUUGUUGCGAGGAGUAAGAGUGAGUUAUCAUAUAAAUUGAUGAGGUUUGUCGUGGAUACCACGCUGAUGCCGAUUCAUUGGCGAUCCUCAACAGAACCGACCAAAUCCGCUUCUUCCACAGCGAGCUCCUCCGGCGCCGCAGCGUUCUCCACCUCCAACCCCGCACCAUCAGCACCUAAAUCCGUCCCCGGUCUUACCGCCUCAGCACAAGCCGCGAUGACCAAAAAACAGCGCGAGAACCAAGCCAAGGCCGCCAAAGCCGCGGCCGUAAAGGACGCAGCGGAGCAAGAACGUCUUGAGCGAUUGGCUGCUCAUCGAAAGCAGUUGGAGAGGACGAGGUGCGUAACGAGUGAAGUUUCAUCAUCAACACCUCCUUUUCGAUUCGAGUGAUUGAAAGAGCCGUUGUUACCACAGGAUGCUCGAACAAGACGCGCAAAGGAACAAGGGCAAGAAGAGUGGGAUCCGUAGCGUCAAUUAUCCUACGAGUGGACCCGGGUCGGGUCCGACCAAGUUGCAGAGUGGGGGGAUGUACGCCUCGUUGGAUAGUGAUGGGAAACUCAUUUGGGAGUGA